UGUUCUCAACCAAAGUUGAUACUUGAUCGAAUUAGCAGUGAAAAACAAAACGAUAAUUAGUUCUUGCUUUAAACAUCAUGGGUCGACACUCUCAUCAGCAUCCCCACUUUGUUUCCCUUGAUUUGAAGGGAAUGGUCCAAGAAAAUGAGGAAAAGUCAUGCACUGAUGAUGGGGCGUUGUGGAACAAUGUUCCUCAAGGAACAAGACAGAGGGUGGUGAUGACGAGCACCAAGAGAAGUGGACUGGUUUUGAAGAACAAGAAGAGAGCAGAUGGUAAAAGGACUCUGAAGAAGAGAAGGAGAAGCCUCCAGUUUGGAGCAAGAAGGGAAAACAAUGGGAUACGAAGAAGGGUGAGAACCUUGAAGAGACUGAUUCCGAACAGUGAUUCCAAGUCUGUCAAGGGUUUGGACGGACUUUUCAGAGAGACAGCUGAUUACAUUUUAUCUUUGCAAAGUAGAGUGACGCUCAUGCAGAUAAUGGUUAAGGCAUUGGCAGGUUCUAAUGAGUAAUCACUCAUUCGUUUCUGUAAUUAGAGAAUAGUACGUAUUCUUUUCUUUUCUUCUUUCAAUUUAUUUAAUUUCUUGUGAUCUAUAUAGUAGCUUGCUUGAAAGUUGAUUUUCAU